UCCGCCCACUUCGGGAAGGGGCCAUGGGGUGGUGAGCGCCCCUCGUUCUGCGAGGCCGCCGCCGGCAGGCUCCCCAUGGCCGGGACGUACAGCUCCACUCUGAAGACGCUGGAGGACUUGACCUUGGACUCCGGCUAUGGGGCCGGGGACUCGUGCCGCUCGCUCAGCCUCUCGUCCUCCAAGUCCAACUCGCAGGCGCUCAACUCUUUGGCGCAGCAGCACCGCGGGGCUGCUUGGUGGUGCUACUCGGGCUCCAUGAACAGCCGCCACAACAGCUGGGACACGGUGAACACGGUGCUGCCCGAGGACCCCGAGGUAGCCGACCUCUUCUCGCGCUGCCCGCGACUCCCCGAGCUGGAGGAGUUUCCCUGGACCGAGGGGGACGUGGCCCGCGUGCUCCGCAAGGGCGUCAGCGGCCGGCGGCCGCCAGCCUUCUCGGGUGAGGCGGUACGGCGCCUGGCCGGGCUGCUCCGCCGGGCGCUGAUCCGCGUGGCCCGCGAGGCGCAGCGCCUGAGCGUCCUGCACGCCAAGUGCACCCGCUUCGAAGUGCAGAGCGCCGUGCGCCUGGUGCACAGCUGGGCGCUGGCCGAGAGCUGCACGCUGGCCGCCGUCAAGGCGCUGUCCCUAUACAGCAUGAGCGCCGGAGACGGGCUGCGCCGGGGCAAGUCAGCGCGCUGCGGCCUCACCUUCUCCGUGGGCCGCUUCUUCCGCUGGAUGGUGGACACUCGCAUCUCCGUGCGCAUCCAUGAGUACGCGGCCAUCUCGCUCACCGCCUGCAUGGAGAAUCUGGUGGAGGAGAUCCGGGCUCGGGUGCUGGCCAGCCAGAGCCCCGACGGUGGAGGGGCCGGAGGCGGGGAGGUGUCCGCUGAGGCCCUGGAGAUGGUCAUCAACAACGACCCCGAGCUCUGGGGCGUCCUGCAGCCCUAUGAGCACCUCAUUUGCGGCAAGAACGCCAACGGUGUGCUUUCCCUCCCAGCCUACUUCAGUCCCUACAACGGCGGCCCGUCCCUGGGCCACGACGAGAGGGCUGAUGCCUACGCCCAGCUGGAGCUCCGCACCCUGGAGCAGUCUCUCCUGGCCACGUGUGUGGGCAGCAUCUCGGAGCUGAGUGACCUGGUCUCUCGUGCCAUGCACCACAUGCAGGGCCGCCACCCCCUGUGUCCAGGCACCAGCCCCGCCCGGCAGGCCCGCCAGUCGCCACAGCCCGUCACCUGGUCCCCUGAUGCCCUCCACACACUCUACUACUUCCUGCGCUGCCCACAGAUGGAGUCCAUGGAGAACCCCAACCUGGACCCCCCGAGAAUGACCCUGAACAAUGAACGGCCCUUUCUGCUGCUGCCUCCGCUGAUGGAGUGGAUGCGCGUGGCCAUCACGUACGCAGAGCACCGCCGCAGCCUCACCGUGGACAGCGGCGACAUCCGCCAGGCCGCCCGCCUGCUGCUGCCUGGCCUGGACUGCGAGCCCCGGCAGCUCAAGCCCGAGUGCUGUUUCAGUUCCUUCCGGAGGCUGGACGCCAGAGCGGCAACCAAGAAGUUCAACCAGGACCUGGGUUUCCGAAUGCUCAACUGUGGGAGGACGGACCUCAUCAGUCAGGCCAUCGAGGCCCUGGGUCCCGACGGGGUGAACACCGUGGACGACCAGGGCAUGACGCCGCUAAUGUACGCCUGUGCUGCUGGGGAUGAAGCAAUGGUCCAGAUGCUGAUCGAUGCUGGAGCCAAUCUGGACAUCCAAGUUCCUAGCAACUCUCCCAGGCACCCAUCUGUCCACCCUGACAGCCGGCACUGGACCUCACUGACGUUUGCUGUGCUGCACGGGCACAUCUCUGUGGUUCAGCUGCUGCUGGACGCUGGUGCCCACGUGGAGGGCUCGGCAGUGAGCGGCGGGGAGGACAGCUACGCUGAGACGCCCCUGCAGCUCGCCUCGGCAGCCGGGAACUACGAGCUGGUCAGCUUGCUGCUGAGCAGAGGCGCCGACCCCCUCCUCAGCAUGCUCGAAGCCCACGGCAUGGCCUCCUCCCUGCAUGAGGACAUGAACUGCUUCAGCCACUCGGCUGCCCACGGCCACAGGAACGUCUUGAGGAAGCUCCUGACGCAGCCGCAGCAGGCCAGGGCGGACGUGCUGUCCCUGGAGGAGAUUCUGGCUGAGGGCGUCGAGGAGAGUGACACGUCGAGCCAGGGCAGCGGCAGCGAGGGCCCUGUGCGGCUGAGCAGAACCCGCACGAAGGCCCUGCAGGAGGCCAUGUACUACAGCGCCGAGCACGGCUACGUGGACAUCACCAUGGAGCUGAGGACGCUGGGCGUCCCCUGGAAGCUGCACGUCUGGAUCGAGUCUCUGCGGACCUCGUUCUCACAGUCCCGGUACUCGGUGGUGCAGAGCCUUCUGCGGGACUUCAGCUCCAUCAAGGAGGAGGAGUACAACGAGGAGCUGGUGACCGAGGGCCUGCAGCUCCUGUUCGACAUCCUCAAGACCAGCAAGAACGACUCCGUCAUCCAGCAGCUGGCCGCCAUCUUCACGCACUGCUACGGCGGCAGCCCCAUCCCCAGCAUCCCUGAGAUCCGCAAGACCCUGCCCGCCAGACUAGAUCCUCACUUCCUGAACAACAGGGAGAUGUCGGACGUGAGCUUCCUCGUGGAAGGAAAGCUGUUUUACGCACAUAAAGUCCUGCUGGUGACGGCAUCUAACAGGUUCAAGACCCUCAUGACCAAUAAGUCAGAGCAAGAUGGCGACAGCAGUAGCAAGACCAUCGAGAUCGGCGACAUGAAGUACCACAUAUUCAAGAUGAUGAUGCAGUACCUGUACUACGGGGGGACCGAGACCCUGGACAUCCCCACAGCCGACAUCCUGGAGCUGCUGUCUGCAGCCAGCCUGUUCCAGCUGGAUGCCCUGCAGCGGCACUGCGAGAUCCUGUGCUCCCGGACCAUCAGCGUGGACAGCGCUGUGAGCACCUACAAGUACGCCAAGAUCCACAAUGCCCCGGAGCUGGCGCUGUUCUGCGAGGGCUUCUUCCUCAAGCACAUGCAGGCCCUUCUGGAGCAGGACUCCUUCCGGCAGCUCAUCUACGGGCGCAGCAGCAAGGUGCAGGGCCUGGACCCACUGCGCGACCUGCAGAGCACGCUGGCUGAGCGCGUGCACUCUGUCUACGUCACCUCCCGGGUGUGAGCCUCCAGCCCGCUGGACCUGUCCCUGAGACAGCUCGCAGGAUGGGGGAGAGGCUUCCAGGGCUGGAGCAAUGUAGGGUGGCCUUAGGAUAGGCUGCUCAGCCACACAUCCCCAGCCUACCCGAGGCUCAGCCUCCAGGAUGGUCACACCUCUGUGGGUAGUCUGCCCCUGGGGGGCAGCUGUGCCCUGAGCCCACCCUCAACCCCUCUGCCCCCAAAAUUGUGUGCUAGCCAGGGAGGGCACAGGGCACAAGGAUGUGGCCAGAGGUGGUGGCUCCCUCCACCCUCCUUGUCUGCCCCCUGCUCACCGGUCCUUGGCUCCAGUACUUCUGACCCUGCUCUGCCAGCUGUGCCCACCCCAGGCAUCUGCAAGCUGUGACUGUGCCCAGCUGGGGCUCUUGGGGGUGGUGAUGGUAGAUGUCCUCAUCCAGGUCUUCUAGAAUGUACUCCGUGGGCCACAGGCCGUUUCAUUAGAAAACUGGUGUUUGUCUCACUGCUCCUGGGAAAGGCAGCCCAAGGCCCUGGUCUGAGUCCCCCGCCCACCCGCCAGGGAUGGUGACCCCGCCUGCAAGGACCUCCAGAGCAGCCUGUCUGGGAGCCGGCAGUGGAAGGCUUUGCCCCUGGGAACUGGCGGCCUUGGCUCUGGCUGCUGCUUUGAGGGCCCGUCAAGGGUGGGUCUGAGACCGCCUGCCCUGGGUUGGCCUCUUCCUCGGUUGCUCUCAAGUGAAGCGGCAAAAUGAGGCAAAUGCUGGGGAUGGGGAGGGGGGCUGAAGGGCAGGGAGUAGGUGAGGGGGGCAUCUGCUGUCCCCCUCCCCUUGUUGCUCCCUCUCGUCCAGGCGGCUCUGGGCCUCCGAGUGGACAUGCAGUGUCCAGCCCGGACACUCGUCCUGCUUAUGGCCAGACACGGGAGAAUUAGGCAUAGCUUGUCCUGGUGCAGCCUUCUGCCCGCUGGCUACACCUGAGAAACUAUUUAUUCACCCAAAGCCCCGAGGGGGCACCUGGGGAGCUGUCACCUCCCUCACCGAGAAGCCCCGGGAGGCUGCACGUCCUGGAAAAUAUUUUCAACCAGCCACUGGCGCUGGAUGGACAAAGCUGCCCGGGUGUUAUUUUAUUGCUGUAAUAUUGUAUGAUACUGGAAUUGUACAUGCCUGUCACUCACUGUAAAUGUACCAUGGUUUUAUGAACAAUAAACACUUGUUAACAGUGA